UGAUUUGAGGUCUUGGCUGGGCUUUAUUGGGGGUUAGGGGGGGAAUUGUCUAAUUUGGAACACUGAAAUGGCCACUGAAACACCGAACCGCGCCGUAAGUUGAGACAUCAGAGAGUCAAAACGUUGUUUCUUGCUCUGAGAAUCCAUGGCUGCGGCGGCGGCAGAAGGACAAGGCGGGGUGAAGGUCCCGAGAAUCAAGCUGGGCUCGCAGGGCCUGGAAGUGUCGGCACAGGGCCUGGGCUGCAUGUCAAUGUCCGCCUUCUACGGCCCACCCAAGCCCGAACCCGACAUGAUCGGCCUCAUCCACCACGCCGUCAACUCCGGCGUCACCUUCCUCGACACCGCCGACAUGUAUGGCCCACACACCAACGAGAUUCUGCUUGGCAAGGCAUUGAAGGGUGGAGUAAGAGAAAAGGUGGAGUUGGCAACAAAGUUUGGAAUUAUUUUUAAGGAUGGAAUGGGUGAGAUUCGUGGAGACCCAGCCUAUGUGCGGGCUGCAUGCGAGGCUAGCUUGAAGCGUCUUGAUGUGGAUUGCAUUGACCUAUACUAUCAACAUCGCAUAGAUACACGUUUGCCCAUCGAAGUCACGAUGGAAGAACUUAAGAAGCUAGUUGAAGAGGGUAAAAUAAAAUACAUAGGUCUAUCUGAGGCUUCAGCUUCGACGAUCAGAAGAGCGCAUGCCGUUCAUCCAAUAACAGCAGUGCAGUUGGAGUGGUCUUUGUGGUCAAGGGAUGUUGAGGAAGACAUAAUUCCUACUUGCAGAGAACUUGGAAUAGGAAUUGUUGCUUACAGUCCUUUGGGAAGGGGAUUUUUAUCAUCUGGUCCAAAGCUGAUUGAGAAUGUCUCAAAUGAAGACUACCGAAAGCGUCUGCCGAGGUUUCAAGCUGAAAAUGUGGAGCAGAACAAGAAGUUGUAUGAAAAGAUUGUUGAGAUUGCUGCAAAGAAAGAGUGUACUCCUUCGCAGCUAGCAUUAGCUUGGGUGCACCACCAGGGAAACGAUGUGUGUCCCAUUCCUGGCACCACUAAGCUUGAGAACUUUAACCAGAACAUCGGUGCAUUGGCCGUGAAGUUGACACCAGAAGACAUGGCCGAGCUUGAAAAGAUUGGUUCGGGUGAAUUAGUCAAUGGUGAUCGGUAUGCGCCGGGUAUGAGAACCUGGAAGGAUUCAGACACUCCACCUUUGUCCACAUGGAAAGCGGCAUGAUCGCAUUGCUUUCGUGCAGUCGUAUCGACUCUAGCCAUUUUAUAAUGUUGAAUGGAAGUGAACACAAACAUGUAUUCCCUAUUUGAUUUCAGUGUUUUCUUUUGUGAAUAAGAACCUUGUAAGUACUGAAUAACUACUUGUAUGUCUUCUUCUUCAUUUUUUUUUGUGUAAUAAACUACUUGAUGGAAUAUUCAAGUAAUGUAUGGGCGACUGGCAGAUUGCUCAAUCGUUUGUCUGUUUAUUUUUCAUAUGAUCAAAUUUCAUUCACUUUUUUUGUCUAUUUUCUUUAUUCAUUUGAUAAAAUAAUAUAGUUAUGAAAAUUUGUAAGCUUUAAGAAAAAUGUAUUUAUACCAAUAAUAUACCUUACACCUUACAUCUUAUUUAUACAAAUUAUAUACUCCCUCCGUCCUAGAACGAUCUUCCCGGAUUGACCGAAGUCCAUUUUUAAGGGAGAGUUAAAUAUGGCUUUGACUUCCAAUAAUGCCCCUUCAUCAAGCUUGGAAGGAGAGGCGCUGCUACGAAAAUAAGGAUUUUGUAUGAGUCCUUCAAACACAAAUUAUAUGAAAAUAUGUCAGAUUGAUGGACUUGCCUAGCAGAAGAGAGGACGGCCGCAAUUGUUGGUAUGACGCACAAGGAAACCAUUUUGGAAUGAAGAAAGAAUUGAAGAGAUAGGAGAAUUGAGGUUUUCAUUGAGCCCUGGAUUACGUCUCUAUCACCGUCGUGUGAAGACACCAAAGCCGCCGGCGAGCACAACAAUCUUGGCUCCGGCGAGCCGUGCCUUAAGCAGCCGCCGGCGAGCACCGUCGGACACAGAUCUACGGUUUUAUAGGGAGGGGGAAGAUAGACAAAGAGAGAAAGGGUAAACUGGGAGAGGGGAGAUAGCACAUCCACCGAUGAGCGGAGACAUAUCUAGGGUACUGCUUUUGGAGAGUAAAGAGAAAUAAAUGGAGAGAAGGUGG